GUUUUUUUGGGAAUACCUUUUAUUAUUUUAGUUAUCUUUUCUGCCGUUUGUUCCACCACCGCCUCUUCUCCCCAACUUCGCUCUCUACAAAGCAAACAAGAUUUUAUUCUCUCUCCUAUUUUCUUCCCCUCUUUUAAACUUCUUCAAGUUCGCGGAGCGCUUCCAUGGCGGCAGCAAGUGAUCGCUUCUCGAUUCGUGAUUACGCGGCAAAGAUGAGGAUCGUUGACUUAGCAAAGUCAUGGCCGUUCAUCGGCGAAAAGGACGAAAAACCAUCGCUUCCACCGAUUUCAAUAUGCAGAUUCCGAUGGUGGACAGACGAGCUCAGCUCAGCAAGAUAUGCUGCUGAUGAGGCGGAAAUUAAAGCGGCAGAAGCGGAGAAAACAAAUGAAAAGCCAGUUGAAAUAAUCGAGCGUCACUUACCAAAUUCUCCACCAAUUGCGACUGCGGAGAAAACAACUGAAGAGGAGUAUUUGCGUCGUUCGACGAAAGUAAAGACUAGGAUGCCGAAGAAGCGAUCAAUAGUCGAGCUCUUUGCUUCCGCACCGCAGAUCGAGCCCGUGGAUCAGUCGAAUGGCAAUGAUGGAGACGGAGAGAAUAAAGAAGAAGAGGAGAAGGUGAUGAAGAGGAAGAGAAAGGGGAAACGAAUAAAAGGGGCGAUCAAGAUGGAGAUUCACGCUUUGAAAAAGGUUCGGAUUUAAAAUUUAGGGUGAGAUUCGAGGGAAUGUGGGGUAAGCUUAUUAGAUGAUCGCUGGAUUGUAAACAUCUUAUUUUUUGCUUUGUUUGCAUUGCAAUGAGAUGAUGUUAUGUAUUAUAGGUGACGUUAAGUUUCGUCUAUUGAUCAAACUUUAGUUUUGUUCGGUAAAUUUGGUUCACAGAUUAAUUCUAGGGGAAAUUUUUUGUUUGAUGAUACCCUCAUCGUUCGUUCUACUUUCCUAUAUAUUUCUUUAUCGUUAUUGGUUCAUCAAUCCAUGCCUUCCUAUAUUGGAAAUUUUUUUUACUAGCUAGUCUUACUUGCUUUAUACAUUCCUUCUACUAAUAAACAAACCUUGUUUAUCAAGGGCGAUAUAUGAAUGGGGAACUUCACCCCAAUGGCACCGCUAAUAUUGAUCUGCUGGUUUGGAUCUUUCACUGUCAAUUAAGAGAUUUUUGGUUUGAAUCAUGUCUUAGCUUAAGAUAGAAAAAUUUCAUCUUUUUUUUUCAUAAAAUUAACCAACGACAGGACCUACAUGUUAAUAUAAGAUGAAAAUACAAGGUCCUUAAGGGGGACCUUCAACUCACUAUUGCUCUAUAGAGCUACAAAAUAAAUUCAAAAUAAAAAACCUACAAACUAAAAAGUCCCCUCUAGAAAAAAAAUACAGGAAAACUCAUAAACAUGCUAGGGCCGCUAGGAGCUAGCACCCAAAAAAAAAAGAACCAGAUGAAGGAAAUUGGCAAAACCUUUCUCGCCCAAAAAAUCAGCUUGCAACUAGCACCAACAAGCCAAAAAAUCAUAAGACAAGGAAAAAUACAAACACAAACGGGCACAAAGCAAAUAUUAUAGAGAUUAACAUAAGCUUAAACAAGAAGGUUUAUGUCAUAGUAGAUAUGAUCAGAAACACUAAGAAGCCAAAUAUGAAGAAAAAUGACACCAAUGAACAUCAUCUUCUCAUUUCUGCAAGUGGUACAAAGGAUAUUGGUAGCCAACCUAGAGAUCAUAAAUUGGUUUAGGGCAGCAAAAUAAAUCAAUAAAUAAACAAAACCUUGAGACAAGUCGAUAAAAUAGCAAGACCAUUCUUCCGGGCUACAAUCUGACCAUACAAGUACAUACCAUUACUACCACAGAAACAACAUCAAUUCACCGAAACAAACCGCAGACAAUAACCAACAAUACUCCUGUUCAAAAGAAGAUUUUUAGAAGCUAGCACCAAACUAAAACACAGACUACAUAAAGAAACAUUGAAGCAGGGCCAAAAAUAGAAAUUGGCACAUAACAACAACAAAAAAUACCCAAUCAACCUAGAGCUCGAAAUAACCCAACAAACAUCACAUACUGAAAACAGCAGAGCCUCCCACAUCCUGGUAGAGAUACAUACCCAUAGAAAGGCGUUGAGAAGAGUGUCCAUAAAGACCACCAUAAAAUCACAAAAAUCCCCAAAAGAUAGCCAACAUAACCAAGCCAAGAAAACAACAAUGAUGAAAAUUGAAAGAAGCCACACAGAACAACCAAGAAACAGAAACUCUCACCAAAUAACGAGACAAAAGUAAGGCAAAGGUUAAACAUUCUAAAUACAAGGCAGGCUAGACUUAUCCAAAAUAAUAAUACCUUUCAGCAAGUGAGGUAAGUUCAUAGCAUUGAACUCUUGAAAUCCAAUAGGGUGACACCCAAACUUAGCCAUCCAAUCUGCAACAGAAUUAGCUUCCCGAUGAAUAUGAGAAGAAUCCAUUAAGGUAAUGUUUAAUUUUUCUAAAGGUAGAAAUUAUGUGGGCUCCCACGCAUGGACCACAUCAUUAAGAAUAUGAAUAAUAAGCAAAGCAUCCACUUCACUCUAGACAUUAAUUAACAAUUUGUAAUAUAUGACAUAGAUCUAAACCAUAAGAUAAUGCCAUAAGCUCGGCAGUAACAACAUUACAGAAAUUUAAAGGACCAGCAAAAAUAGCAAUAACAUUACAAAGAUGGUUCUUAAUGAUGCCAUCCUCAACAACAUCACUGGCACCAAUAGACCCAUCAUAAUUCAAAUUGCAAUAAAGAAUAGAAGGUUUAAUUAAUCCAUCUCACAAUGAAAUCCAUUUUAUCAGAAAGAUUAUUCUUGUUAUAAAUACCCAAAUCAAAAAUAAUAUACGGAAACUAGUAAAAAUUAGCGUCCAAAAUGAGAUUAACAGGCAAAAUUCGAUCAUAAUUUAGUGUUUUACUCAAAAAAGUUCCACUAAUUCGUCUUGAUUUUGCAGCUAGUUUUCUUGAUUGUAAAUUGUUAGGAAAGAUGCAAGCUUUCAAUCAGUCUUUUUAACGAGAAAGAAAAAAGCAUCAAUGUGCAUAAAAAGUGGAGUUAUAACUUUAAUUAAUACGAAUAUUUUCUAGGAGAGUUCAUCUGUGAAGUUGAACUUUAACUAAGUCACAAAAUCUAAAAUUGUUGAGGAUAUAUAGUGGAGUUUACUUCAACAUGUGAGCCUUUGUCAAAAGCUUUCAAAUUGUUGUAAUUGAUUAAACCUGAGGAAUUCCUAGUACCUAAGGCUUGUUCUUUAGAUGUUAGUGACUCAUUAAUUGCAUUCAGUUAACCAAAGGAAGCAUUUCAAUUAAAUCAUAUAAUUUUUUAGUUUCCUUGAUAGUUAAAUGUAUGUUAACCCUUAACU